GUGCGUACGUCACAGGCGCUCUGCUCUGUGAUUGGCUGCUGAGUGCAGGUUCCUGAUGUAUCGCUCAAGCGGCUGGAGUUUCGGAUGUGUUUGCAUCCGUUCAUAACAAACGACCGCGUACAGUGGAACCAGACCCCACAGACACAUUCCGACCCGAAACCAGCUCCAGACGAUGGCUCAGUGUGCAGCAGCGGCGGCGGCCAGCGGUGAUGUGAACGGAGACAGCAAGACGAAGAGGAAAGUGGCCAUCAUUACAGGCAUAACCGGUCAGGAUGGGUCCUACCUGGCUGAGUUUCUGCUGGCUAAAGGUUAUGAGGUUCAUGGUAUCCUCCGCAGGUCCAGUUCUUUUAACACGGGCCGGAUUGAGCACCUUUAUCAUAACCCUCAAACACACACAGAAGGAAGCAUUGGAUCCAUUAAGUAUAACAUGAAGUUGCACUAUGGAGACUUGACUGACAGCACAUGCUUGGUAAAGAUUAUCAAUGAAGUCAAACCCACUGAAAUAUACAACCUUGGAGCGCAGAGUCACGUCAAGAUCUCCUUUGACCUUGCUGAGUACACCGCAGACGUUGACGGGGUAGGGACCCUACGGUUGCUGGAUGCAGUGAAGACCUGCGGUUUAACUGACACCGUCCGCUUCUACCAGGCCUCCACCAGCGAGCUCUACGGGAAAGUACAGGAAAUUCCCCAGAAGGAGACCACACCAUUUUACCCGCGAUCCCCUUAUGGUGCUGCUAAGCUCUAUGCAUACUGGAUAGUUGUAAACUUCAGGGAAGCCUAUAACCUCUUUGCUGUGAAUGGGAUCUUGUUCAAUCAUGAGAGUCCUAGAAGAGGUUCAAAUUUUGUAACUAGGAAGAUCAGUCGCUCUGUGGCGAAGAUCCAUCUUGGACAGUUGCAGUGCUUCAGCCUGGGCAAUCUGGACUCCAAGCGAGACUGGGGCCAUGCCAAAGAUUAUGUGGAGGCGAUGUGGCUGAUGUUGCAGCAGAAGGAGCCUAUCGAUUUUGUCAUAGCGACGGGGGAAGUGCACAGCGUACGGGAGUUCGUGGAGAAGGCCUUCAAACACGUGGGCAAAACCAUUGUGUGGGAGGGGAAGAAUGAGGAGGAGGUGGGCCGAUGUCAGGAGACAGGAGUGAUUCACGUGAAGGUGGAUCCGAAGUACUACCGGCCAACUGAAGUGGACUUCCUACAGGGAGACAGUUCCAAAGCCCUUAAGAUCCUGGGCUGGAAACCACAUGUGACAUUCGAGGAGCUUGUUAAAGAAAUGGUGGACGAGGACAUCAAGCUCAUGCGGAACAACCCAAAUGCCUGAGCCCACACGCCUUCAUCUCUAUGCAUGCCAAAGAGGCGGCUGUCAUGUGUUUGUGUGUGUGAUCACUGGAAGAAGCAUUCAGCUGCAUUUCUCUUCCUCCGUCUGUCGUUUUCUCUCCUGCUUCAGCUUUCUGAUCUCAGUUUCGCUGUGUUUUGAGGGUCCCCGGUGUUGCCUUUCUCUGUUACUUUAUACUGUCAUAUUUAAGGUUAUGUGUAUGGAUUUUUAGUUUGUGUUGUCUAAAUGAUUUUUAGCAAUUUUUAUAAAGCGGUUUUUAUUCAUAAUCAUGAAAAAAAUGUGUAAAUAAGGGUUUGUAGAGCUUUUUAAAGGUGUUUGCCAUUUAAUUCAUGUCAUUGAUAAGGAAUCACAUUAAUUGGUUGGUUCAUUAAAAAUCGUUUCCUGAUUAAUUAAAAUGCAAAUAUGACCUUUUAAAAA